AGGGCUCCGCUCAGAGCUGCACACUUCUUGCAGCGUGUCUCUCGGCUCCUCCCACACCGUGUGUGACGGAUUACACUUUUUAACUCGUCUCCUCCAGAGCUGAUGGUCCAGUUUCCUCUGAGAGACACCGUCCUCUCACUUAGUCAAACUCCACUUCACUUUACGCGCGUCGAACAACGUGUACCCCUCCGGUCCACGCUGCGGACCACUCGGCCGAUGUGUCCCGACGCGUCUCAGUGUCUCUGAACGUCACUUUGCAGACUUGUCAUCAGUGGAUCCUGCAUUCAAGAAGCGACAUGAUGUCAACAACCGUGGAAGUAAGAGAAUAACCUGCGAAGCUCGACGCUGGGAGACAGGAGAACAGCAGUCUGUGGUGGAGGAUUCCCGGUCCUGUGUGGGAUGUUAACGGACUGGUGGUGCGUUGAGGCUGAAGGAGCAUGGUGAAACACCAACCCUUACAGGUCUAUGAGAAGCAGGUCUUUGUGUCCUUUGUCACUGGGAUCUAUGGUUGCCGCUGGAAACGCUACCAGCGUUCCCAAGACGACAGCUCCAGGUGGGAGUGUACUUGGUUCAUCAUCUUGUGCAGUUCUUUCCUCCUGCUUCUCUUUUGGGCCUACUUCUGGUUGGUGGCUCAAAAUGAUUUCAACGAGUUUAACUGGUCAGUUUACAACCGCUCUGGAGAAUGGAGGGAUGAGACGAUCCCCAUCCUCGCGUCCACCACUGUGGGAUUCAGCUACAUUACAUUCUUACUGAUAUUAGCUCUUUUCCACAUAUCCUUGGGCCAACAGCUGAAUCUCUUCUGGGUGCACAAGAUCGGAGUGUUGGCCACAUUGCUCACCACUAUCUCUGGUGUCGUGUCCGUUGAUGACAUAUGGGGAGAUGAGUGGGACAUCCUGCUUGUGUCACUGCAGUCCACAGCACCGUUCCUGCACAUUGGCGCCCUGGUGACAGUCACAGCUAUCAGCUGGUUGGUAGCUGGGUAUGUGGUCCGCAGAGAGAGAUCCAAUUUCCAGAUACUGGUGCUGCUGAUCUACGUCAUCGUCCUGCUGGCUGUCUGUUUAGCACCGCUCACAUUCACCUGCCCCUGCAUCAUGGACCGCCACAGCCUCAAACCUCGGCCAGACAUCAUCGGUCGACGGGGAGCUCCUAUGCUGGCUCCAGAAAACACCAUGGUGUCUUUUAACCGAGCCCUGCAUUAUGGAGCCAGCUCCCUGGAGGCCGACGUCGCUAUCAGCGUGGAUGGAGUUCCGUUCCUCAUGCGAGACCGCACGUUCAGGCGAACCACCGACGUCAAUAAGGUCUUUCCAGCCAGACAGUUUGAUGAUGCCUCUCUUUUCAACUGGACAGAGAUUCGCUCUCUAAAUGCGGGCCAGUGGUAUUUGGAGACUGACCCCUACUGGACAGUUGAGACCCUGACAGCGAGGGACCGCAGCAGAAUAGGCAACCAGACUGUUUGCAGCCUGGUGGAGAUGCUGCGUCUGGCAGCCAGGGCCAACAGCUCUGCACUGCUCAACGUCCGCAAACCUCCACCAGAGCACCCGCGCUCCCGGAGCUGGUUCAUGGACACGCUGUGGGCCGUGCAGAAAGCAGGGAUUUCCCAGAAGCGGGUGAGGACUGUGACGUGGACCCCCGACACCGACAGGGGGAGGGUGCGAGGGCUUCAGCAGACCACAACUGAGAAGCUGUCUGUGGAGGAGAUAAGGCAGAGGGGAAUCACUAGCUUGACCCUCCACUAUAGCCAGGCCAGCCACAGAGACAUACAGGAGUAUCUGACCAAUAAUGUGAGUGUGACCGUGUACCCAGUGAACGAGCCCUGGCUCUACUCCAUUCUGUGGUGUAGUGGGGUGCCUUCUGUGUCCUCUGAUGCCCCUCAAGUCCUCCGAAAGGUGCCUUACCCCAUCUGGCUCAUGAGCCAGUACGCUUACGGCUUCAUCUGGAUCUCUUCAGAUUUGGUGUCUGUCGCCAUCGUCGUAGGGAUUUUCUGUUUUCAGAACUAUCAUAUGAUCAGGUGGAGGAUGAGCGGGAUGCAGACCUAUAACCCUGAACAGAUCAUGCUGAGCGCGGUGGUGCGACGGUCCAGCCGAGACGUCAACAUCAUGAAGGAGAAGCUCAUAUUCUCAGAGAUUAACAACGGGCUGAGCAGCACAGAGGAGCUGUCUCUGUAUCCUGAGAACGGUUACGCCACCUACUCUCAUGGAGGCCUCAGUCACUGAAAAACCAGCCACUCACUGAAAAUGACUGACAAGGAUUUUUCUGGUGAUCUGUACGGCAAACAACCCCGGAAGUGAUGACAGCCACCAAAUCUUGUGCGGACAAGGAAUCUUUCCACUAAGUUUUUAAAAGAAUUGUUUAUCCACUUGCUUACAUGCAACUUCAAUUUUGAUUGCAUUUCAUGAGAUGAACAAAUUUUUCGACUGGGCAGUGUUUUUUUUUUUAUCAGUGCAACCUUUCAUCAUCAGACACCUUCAUGUAGAUAUUUUUAAUAUAAUGUACUUUUGUUGAUUUCCUGCCAGUCUAAUCUACAAGGCUCUAAAACAGUUCAGUAUUUACUUACCCUGUCAAAGGCUGUCACUUUCAACUGUACUCGAAAAAUGUAAAGGGCGCUGGGAAUAUUGCUGUUUUGCAUAUGUGAUGAUGUCAUCACUCAGUGGAUGAACAAACUGAGAAUUGUGUUGAGUCAGAUGGAGCCACAGUCACCGACCUGGUGAAACAGGAAUUCUUUGUAAUAAAUCUGUGUGUUUGAAUCAUAAUUUUAGAACAUCAGUUCACUUUCUUCAUGUAGAAACACAUUUUAUCAGCAGAAUAUCCACUCAUUCAAUAUUAUUGGCUAUAGAUGUAUUGAUCUGUGUUGUUAUUGGGCCAAACAUCCAUCUGACCAUGAGGAAGAUCUUCUGUUUCGGUCCAUUUGCUUGAGUGACCUUCUCCAAAUGUUUAUCUGAGCUAAUAAAGCUGUUCUGUUGUAUUUUUCCAUGUCAUUGACUUUUGCUGUUGUUUUAUAACAGAGGAAAUGAGCUGUGUAGUGUUCUGUAAUAUACACUGAUGUAAAUAUGAGUUUUUAUUUUUUCCCCUCUGAGAGGAUUUGUUUUGGACGUAUAAACAGAAUAUCUUAUGUUUGCAUUGAUUAUCAUGAUGACUGAAGUCCUAUUAUAUGUGUGACAGACUCUGGCAUGUGUUUUCUUGCAGUUUGAUGGGAUGAAGGUACUUUGUGUGGGGUGGGGGGUGCCAAUGUUCUGCAUUUUCUCUGCCUCUUAUCUGCCAUGAUUGAUUUGCUGUAUAGUCAUAUUAGUUAUUACAUCUUUCACAUGGCUGCCUUUUUGUUAAAUAAAGUGACUGGUAGAAUAUUGAAAAAUACUGUAUAUUUUUAGUUUAAUGAUAGGUAAAAAUUCAGACUACUACU